AUGUUCAAAUGUUCAACCGCUAAAGAGCAAAUUCCAACCAGAAGUCUUAUUUUCGUCGAUCGAAUACUUCUCAUCAGAAAUCAGUUCAUGACGCUUGAUUAUCCUCCCCACUCCAACCAACACCAGGCAACUGCAAUCUAUUUGAAACGCAUUUUCAGCAUUCCUAAAACAACGUUUGAGCAACAUCUGAGUGAGAAGACAGCAUUUACAGUGACUAAAGCGGCCGUCAUAUCAUCUGCAAUGUUGGCACGGAAGAAUUCAGCUCAACGAGGAGCGCUCAACACAACGCGCGACAGUAUCGUUGCAUUGGCCGAUAUCUUGACUACUGUAGAGACCAGUAAGUCUCGUUCAGGAAUGAAGGAAACUUUUAGGAAUUACACUCAUCUUUCAGACUUGCUGCAAUCAGCUGCACUCGUUAGUGCACUUCGGAUAGCCUGUGUGAUCUCACUGAUUACUGUCUGUGUUCAUACACCCGUUACAUUUCAAUACUUUUGGCCACUCACCUAUGUGGUUUUCAUAAUGGAUUUCAUUUCGACUUUUAUCCUGACCACCGAAGCAAUCAUUCGAGUGAAGGUCUAUGGAACGUUUUCGCGGAGCGAGUCAUAUUUUCGUGACAGAUGGUCACAGUUCGAUUUCUUUUUGCUUAUUUUCCAUUGGCUGUCGUUACUGCUGCAUGCAUAUGAGCGAAUAACGAGAUUUUUCCCGUGGAUGGGUUUUGUGUAUCAUGAAUGGUAUGGUGUGAUACGAUGUGUUCGUCCGUUGAUCAUAAUUCGAUUGAUAAGACUUGUUGUUAAGUUCAAGUUGCCUAAAAACCGAAUUCAGCAAUUAUUGAAGCGAUCGAGUCAGCAAGUUCAAAAUGUUACUACGUUUUUUGUUUUCUUUAUGGCGCUUUAUGCGAUUCUUGGAAUUCAGGUAUUUGGACGAAUGGACUAUCAUUGUAUACUAAAAGAUGCUGAUCCGCGUAAUAUCUCGAUCGCCGACUUGGCGAUUCCGGAUACGAUGUGCUCGAUGAAGGGUGAAGGCGGUUAUGAAUGUCCGGAUAAUAUGGUCUGUGAAAAGAUCAAAAUGACCGCCAAAGAAGAAGGAUUCUAUGGAAUGUUCAAUAAUUUUGGUGCGAGCGUUUUCACAGUUUAUUUGGCAGCAUCAGAAGAAGGAUGGGUUUAUGUACUGUACGACUGUAUGGAUUCAUUGCCGUCCUAUUGGGCAUUUCUUUAUUUCGUCACUCUGAUCUUCUUCCUGGCUUGGUUGGUGAAGAACGUUUUCAUCGCAGUGAUCACAGAAACAUUCGCCGAAAUCCGUGUGCAGUUCAGUGAAAUGUGGCAGAAAACAGACGUUACCUUCGAUGAUGGCUUGAAGCAGAAAUUAGAAAUCACUGAGGAUGGAUGGAGAUUAGUGAAAUUCGAUUCAGAACUAAACAGGAAAGGCGGUGGACCUAUUGAGCUUCAGCAGAUUCUGAGAAGUACCGCAUUUCAAUGCUUCAUAACAGGAAUUGUCUUGAUCAACGCCGCAAUUAACGCAUCCAAGUUGAUAUACGCUGGACGUUUUCAGACAGGAUUCACGAUUCUGUUCAACAUUGAAUGCAUUGUGAAAAUAUUUUGUUAUGGUUUCCGUGGUUUCUUCAAACGACCCAUAUACAAAUUCGAGCUCAUUCUUUGUAUCGGUUCUACACUGAACAUCGUUCCGUAUUUGUAUGAACGCAACUAUUUCACAAUAUUUCAAGGAUUUCGAUUACUCCGUCUUAUUAAGGCAUCGCCGAUACUUGAGGAUUUUGUUUAUAAGAUAUUUAGUCCUGGCAAGAAACUGGGUGGACUUGUCAUUUUUACAAUAACCUUUGUGGUCAUAUGCACUGCAAUCUCACUGCAGCUCUUUUGUUCUGUACCAAAAUUGGUUUAUUUCAAGACGUUCCCACAAGCGUUCAUGGCGAUGUUUCAAAUAAUCACUCAAGAAGGUUGGACAGAGUUCGUGGUUGAGGUGUUGCGUAUGAUUGAUGACAAUAUGGUGCCGUUCGUGGCGAUUUAUUUUGUUGCGUAUCAUUUGUUCUGCACGUUGAUCGUGCUGAGUUUAUUCGUAGCUGUUAUUUUGGACAAUUUGGAGAUGGAUGAAGAGCUGAAACGAGUUAAACAGUUAAAAGCGAGAGAAGCGACCACAACAAUGCGCACAACUCUGCCGUGGCGAUUACGAGUCUUUGAGAAAUUUCCUGCAAGACCAGCAAUGGUUGAACUGAAAAGAGUGGACAACGACUUCCCUCUACCGAAAGUGCGUGAUAGUUUCACACAUCAGUUUGCUACGGUCCAUAACGACAACAAUCCUGAGGAUUGUGCAGAUUCAACAGUAACAAAAUCGGUUAUGCAAUCCGUGCCUUUGUUGCGUCAUCGGCGAAAGAAUAAACCGAUUAUUCGUCAUGUUGGACCAAUCUCGCUGAAAGCCAGCAUUUCAACAAUAGUCGAAGAAUCGAACCGAAAUCGAGCCACCAAUCCAGAUACGUUCACAUUCGCCACUCAUCUGAAUCGUGUACCAACUCGAUUAUGGCGGAAAGAGACUCAACACAAAACAACGCCCACACUGGCAAGAGCCAAGCAAAUGCUCAUCGAGAAGAUGACUGAAAAUGGCGAUGUAUUAAGACAUCCGGAUACUGCACCGAACAAAAGUCAAAAACUUGGUGAAAUUGAUAUAAGAGCAUUGCAACAAAAACGGCAUAUGGCCGAAAUGAAGAGGACAAUAGCUUUUCACGAUUUUUCGUUUGUUCCUGACGUUAUACAUGGAAGUAAUAAGUUCUUGCAUCAGAAGAAAAACGACUUCAGAAAUCGCAUUGAAGAGGAUCUAAGAGAGAAUCAUUUGCUUUUCGAUCGACCGUUAUUCCUCAUUGGACGGGACUCACCAAUACGUCGUUUCUGUAAGAACAUCGUCUAUGCGAAGUAUGAGGCAGAAAUCGAAGGGAACGGUACCGGGAAACCACCGCGAAGAUAUAAGGAACUUCACACUCUCAUUGGUCUCAUGACAUAUCUCGAUUGGACGAUGGUUAUUGUAACAGCACUGUCAUGCAUAUCGAUGCUUUUCGAAAGUCCUUGGCCAACAACAGGAGAAAAUCUUGUGUUCAACAAUUUUUAUCUGCAGAUUAUGGACUACCUGUUCGUUUUAUUCAUGACCUUUGAACUUGUUGUGAAAAUACUCGCAAACGGAUUGUUCUUCACGCCGAAAGCAGUGGUGCGAGACUUUGGUGGUGUUAUGACGAUGUUUAUUUAUAUUACUUCAGUUGUGUUCUUGCUUCAUAUGCCGACGCACGUCGAAAUCAACUCUCUCAAUCAGUUGCUGUUGAUUUUCCGAGCAAUGAGGCCGUUACGAAUCUAUACACUUGUGCCUCAUAUUCGGCGAGUUGUCGUCGAGCUGUUUCGUGGAUUCAAAGAGAUUUUAUUGGUGACAAUUCUAUUAGUGGUCGUGAUGUUUGUAUUUGCAAGUGUUGGAGUGCAUAUUUUCGGUGGCAAAUUAGCCGCUUGUAACGAUCCUUUGAUUAAGAAUCGUGAGAAUUGUACGGGUGUGUUUUGGCAGAAAAUAUUUGUGACGCGAUUGGAUGUGUACGGAAAAAAUGAUGAUGAAUUACAUCCAUCCAUUCUGGUCUCGAGAGUUUGGACCAAUCCGAGAAACUUCAACUUCGAUCAUGUUGGCAACGCAAUGUUGGCUUUGUUCGAGACGUUGUCUUAUAAAGGCUGGAAUGUAAUUCGUGAUAUUGUAUGGCAACGUGUUGGACCGUGGGCAGUUGUCUUCAUUCAUAUCUACGUAUUUAUUGGUUGUAUGAUUGGGUUAACACUGUUCGUUGGUGUUGUAAUCAAGAAUUACACUGAAAAUCGAGGAACUGCCCUAUUGACGGUUGAUCAACGUCGUUGGCAUGAUCUGAAAGCUCGUCUCAAGAUGGCACAACCGCUGCACGUUCCACCGAAACCAUCUGAAUCCUCAAAACUGCGAAAUCGUUUUUAUGAGCUUUCAAUGAGUCGACCCUUUAGUCAGAUCUUUGGUGCUUUGGUAGUCAUAAACUCUGCAACACUUUGUAUCCCGUGGAGUGUGGAGGAGGAAGCCGAAAGACAUGAAAAUGAUGACGAUUACAAGCUUUUCUUCGCAACCGCUCUAUCAGCAAUCAUAAAUAUUCUAUUCGCUGCUGAGGUGCCGACAAGUCGAAGGAAUCGUAUUGAUCUGUUGAUCACCGCACUCGGCUUGUUCUGGGUGGUGGUGCACUUCUUCAUUGCACUUCCUGCCGAGAAGUUCAGUAAGGAGGCAAAGCUGAAGGAGUUCACAUAUACGUUUGGAUACAUCAUCGUUAUUCUUCGAUUCUUCACAAUAGCCGGUUGCUUAUUUUGCAUUCCAUUAACCAGAAAUUCAUUCGUUUGGAAAAUUACAAUGCUGUGUUCAGGUAGAAACGGCACGUUGAAAAUGUUGAUGCUAACCGUCGUGAUGAGUAUGUUUCGAAGUCUAUUCAUUAUAACUGCAAUGUUUCUAUUCGUUUUGUUCUACGCGUAUACUGGUGUUAUUCUCUUUGGCAUGGUCAAGUAUGGCCAAGCUGUAUCAAAACAUGUUAAUUUUCGCACGGGUUCAGAAGCCAUGGUUGUUCUGUUUAGAAGUAUUACGGGUGAAGAUUGGAAUGAUAUAAUGCAUGAUUGUAUGCGAAGUCCUCCAUUGUGUUAUUGGGCCGAAGGCGCAAAUUAUUGGGAGACCGAUUGUGGAAAUUACUACGGAGCGAUUAUAUAUUUUUGUUCAUUUUAUGUUAUCAUUACGUACAUUGUUAGAAAUCUUCUGGUGGCCAUCAUUAUCGAGAAUUUCUCAUUGUUUUAUUCAAGCGAAGAGGACGCACUGCUCAGUUAUGCAGAUAUUCGAAACUUCCAAAUUGUAUGGAACAUGGUUGAUGUCGAACAGAAGCGUACAAUCCCAGUGAGACGAGUAAAAUUUCUGCUGCGAUUAUUGAAGGAACGCCUUGAGGUUGAUCCAAAUAAAGAUCGAUUAUUAUUCAAGCACAUGUGCUACGAAAUGGAACGGUUACAUAACGGUGAUGAUGUUUCAUUCCAUGACGUUUUAUAUAUGCUAUCAUAUCGAAGUGUUGAUAUAAGAAAAUCGCUGCAAUUAGAAGAGUUGCUUCAACGAGAAGAAGUCGAAUACAUAAUCGAAGAAGAAGUCGCUAAACAAACGAUACGGACAUGGCUCGAAGUUUGUCUCAAGCGAAUGCGCACACCAUCGCAGGUCAGUGCUCUUCUUAAAGAAUCGCACUCCCAAAACUCAAUUUUCCUUUCUGAUUAUUUGAAGGGUUCCGUAAGUGGCCCAGCGUCAAUCACUCGUGGAGGUACCACCCAGUCGUCUGUCGUGAGCGGAGCAGUGAGUCAGCAUUUGGUAGAGCCACAACUGAUCGUUAGUAAAGUUGAUUUAAUCGAGCCAAUCACUAUGCAAGAUCAGUCUAAUCUGGGAGCAGACGAUGGCUUAGUGGAGAAGAAGAAUAAGAAAUCAACCGGAGGAAGUCGAAGUAGUAUACCCGAUUUAAUGUCGAGUAAUAUUUUUCAAGAGGCCGCCAAGAAAUUCAUGCUUGGUGGAGCACACAAGAAAUCAAUCAGUGCGUAUCUUAAUAAGAUAUCAGAUACGGAAGCAGCUCAGAAACAAGGACCGAUAUCGAGACUCGCUGCUGCAGCACGCUUGACGUCGCAGAAAGUCGAGAGUCGUAUUUCACAGCACAAAAGCUCAUAUCACGCACCUGCGGGUUUAUCAGAAGUUAAUGAGUUCGGGGAGGAAGGUGGACUGAAAUCACAGCGAAGCGAGUACUACGGACAACGUCGUUUAUCGGUUCCCGAUAUCUCCAGACCGAGUAUCGCACAUUCAGUAGAUAAGGAUGUAUUUCGAUUGGGUGCACAACUGAAGCAAACACCUGCAACGAUCGCAAAUCCAGCGUUCAUACAUCUGGCAAUGAUCGACGAGUCGUUGCAGAAGGAUCGAAUCAACGAUGUGAAAUGGUGGUGGAGAAUUGUUGAUGUGGAGUGA